AAAUGUGUGACUCUGAUAGCGAUGUUGAGAUACUAGAUUUUGAAUAAGGGCUUCAACUUUAAUAGAAUACAAUAGAAAAUUUAGAAAAAGAACUUCAAGUAGAGGAUUUAAUUAUUUAAGAUUGUGAUUACAAAUAGUUCAUAUUACUAAUAAUAAAUAUAAGAGUUAUUGUCUGAAAAGAACUAAAUUAAAAUAAGAGUAAAGGAAUUAGAAGAUUUGAAUUAACAGCUUGAAAAUAAUCUUUAAAAAUAAAAUUAGAAUCACGAAAGAAUUAUUGAAGAACUAAACAUUGAAUAGGAGAAGAAUGUAGAAAAACUCAGAAAACAAUUAGAAAGUUAAAUGGAAUAGUAAAAAUAAGAAUUUGAAAAAUAUUUGGAAAAAUAAAGUUAAUAAAUUAAUGAUUAUGUAAAGAAGUUAGAGAACCUAGAGGAAGAGAACAAUAUAAUAUAGAAUAAGUUAAUAUCAACUGAAUUAUUUAAUUGUAAAUUAUAAUCGAGUCUUAAUGAAUUAUAAAUGGAUAUUAAAACAAAAGCUGAAACUAGAAAAUGUGUUUAAUAAUUUAAUGAAAAGUUAAUGGGUGAAAAUAUUAAUAAUCUUAAUAAAAUUGAAUCACUUAGUAUGUAAGUUGAUGGACUGGAAGAGAAAUUAUAAAAACUUACAUAAUAACGAGAUCAUUUUAAGAAAUAGUUUGUAGAUAUAUCAUAAAAAAUUUUAUAAUAUCAAUAAGAGAUAACUAAUUCAAACAAUAGUACAAAUAUGUAUCAAUAUUAUUUAGUUAAAUUGGAACUUAAAAACAAAUUUGAAGCCUGUUCAGAAUAAAUGAAGAAAUAUUAAUUAACGUUAAAAGAUAGUGUAGAAGAGAAUAAAAAAUUAAAAUUAAUUAUUGGAUAGUUUUAAUCAUAAAUUGAAGAUUCUAAAUAUAAAUAGGAUUUAUAUAUUAAAGAAAAUAUAAAUUUAAAAAAUUAAUUAAGUAACAUAUAUUUAUACUUGUUUAUAGACACAUUAUAAUAAUAUUACAAAGAAUAGAUAAACCAAUUAUAAUAAACUUUGACAAGUAAGGAUGCUUAGAUUCAGCAAUUAAGUGAACCUAAUAAACUUACAAUCAAAAGGUUAUAAAAACAAAAUUAAUCUAUUUUAUCGAUAUAAUAGUAAGAAUAAGAGAAAAGAUAAUUGAUAGAGUAGAAAAUAAAAUCUUAAUAAUGA